AUGCCCCCGCUGCCCAGCACUGUGGGCCUGGCAGUCCUGUUCUUCUGGGCAGGCCAGACAGUGAACACCUUGAUGCCCAAUGCCACCCUAGUGCUGGCUUGGACCAAGGGCACAGCAGUGCACUCCCUGAGUGGCCUGGGGGUGCCCCACUACCGGCGGAAGCGCCACAUCUCUGCCCGGGACAUGAGUGCCUUACUGGACUAUCACAACCACAUCAGGGCCAGCGUGCACCCACCAGCUGCCAACAUGGAGUAUAUGAUCUGGGACGAGCGGCUGGCCAGGUCUGCUGAGGCCUGGGCCACCCAGUGCAUCUGGGCCCACGGGCCCUCACAGCUGAUGAGAUACGUGGGCCAGAACCUCGCCAUCCAUUCUGGCCAGUACCGCUCGGUGGUGGAUCUCGUGAAGUCUUGGUCUGAGGAGAAGCGGCAUUACUUGUUUCCAGCCCCAAAGGAUUGCAACCCACACUGCCCCUGGCGCUGCACUGGCCCUGUGUGCUCCCACUACACUCAGAUGGUGUGGGCAUCCUCCAACCGGCUGGGCUGUGCCAUCCACACCUGUGGCAGCAUUAGCGUCUGGGGCAGCACUUGGCACCAGGCAGUGUACUUGGUCUGCAAUUACGCUAUUAAGGGCAACUGGAUCGGCGAGGCUCCAUACAAGAUGGGGAGGCCAUGUUCUGCCUGCCCCCCCAGUUACCAAGGCAGCUGCAGUAGCAAUAUGUGCUCCUCUGGGCUCAAAUCCAACCGGCUCCUGUGGUUCUAAAUUUUCCCUGUGCUCUGGCGGGCCUUCAGUGGGCUUGACCCUCUAAGGGUCCCUCCCUAAAGAUGGGUCAAGGAAAAAAAAAAUUUAAAGACAUGAAUUGGACUCCCUCCACUCAUCUGAAAUUUUCUCCUGAUUCCAUUUUCUAAAUGUCUAGCAUGUGCCAGAAGAAAACGACUGCCUUGCCUUCCUUCUUUAGUCAGUUCCAUCUUUCUUUUCUCUGGCCUCCAGGAAGGAGGCCUGCGUUUUUAAUCGACUCACUUCUCAGAGAACCUGGGUUGGAAGGAACAGUGGCAGCAGUUUUGUGACUCUCAGGCCUCAAACUCACAAGUCUUUGGCCAUGCAAUAAAAGGUAUCUAUUAA